CAGAGCAGGCAGUGCUAGUGGCUGGUGUCAGUGCCGGUUAGUGGUAGCUGCUUCUGUGUGAGAAAGCUGCCUUGUGUUUUGGGGUGGUGAGGAAGACAGCACUGCUAGAAAGAAAUUCCACUGGGAGGUGCUGGGUAGGACUUGGCUCGAAAAGGCCCAUUUGCAGAGACAAAGUGUAAGCAAGGCUGAAUCCUGUGGUGGUUCUCCGCUGUUUGUUGUCUGAGACCUGCUUUGCUCAGCUCAGAGGAGGAUGGCUUUUCUCAUACACCAAGGCUGCUCUUGGCAAAGCAGGCCUCUGUUAGAGUCAUCUUGUGUACACAGCUAAUUGCUGUUCCAAGAAAGCAGGCUCAAAGCGUUCUGUCUCCACAGCAGAUAGCUCAGCCUCCUAUCGCACAGUGUUCUGUCUGAUGUACUGCUGAGCAGAGAUGCUCAACAAAAAGAUCAAUGUGUUUGCCAGAAGAUGAACAAGCACAGCAGGCAGUUCUCUGGGGUGUGGUUGAUGGAGCUGUCAGCUUCACUGCUUGGCAGGGAUUCAGGACAAGGGUCUGGUGCAGAAGGGGCAGAAUGAAAUCAGUGGCUACUAACACAGGACAAGAGAUUUCUCCUGAUGCACCACAGGGGAGUUCGUGGACAAUCCCCAUCAGCAUGAACUAGAGCACAACAUGCUCAUGUAUCUGAAAUGGCCAAACUUUGAUGGGGGAAGAAGGAUGGAGGAGCAAUUGUUGCUUGAACCUUUGGUCGAUCUCAAACAUUCCUCAGUGGUAAAUGGUCCAUUUUGGGCCUUUGACAGCUACAGCUGGAGAACAGUGAGUGCAGGAAUUGUCUGGUGGUGGUGCUGUUCUUCAGCUAUUCUUCUGAGGCUGUUUUGUAGAAUCCUGCCCUUAUGUAGCAGCUGGUUCUGAGUUUGAAGCAGGACAUUGAACACGGUGGAGUGACAUUGUAGGCUUCUGGUUCUGUGCCUGCAUGAGGAGCAUCAGCAGCACCUCUGUCCUAGCGAGGGAUAAUAUCCAACGUGCUGGUGGUGUUCUCUAUGCUUAGCUGUACACUGUCCUGCAGUCAUGCUGGGCAGCACAGCUCAUUCUGCUCCUUUCAAGUCAUCUGAUGCAACUACAGGAGAGUGACUUAGCUCUGAAUGUAUUUGGCACUGUAGCUCUGACACGUCUGCAUUGCCCUGGCUGGUCGGUACAUGAGCGGCUGGUUCCCCUCGCUUGGUGAUCAUGCUUUUCCCUGGCACGUGUACAUGUCUGUGUGAGGGCUUGCUGCUGGGAGGUUCUGUUUUUCAGGUCCUUGGGCUCCUCUGAAGGGCUAUCCAUGCAAAAGCAACAGUAGAUCUGACCCCUUGGAUGGGCACAUCAACAGGUGGGUGGUAAGAUGAGACACCAACUUCUGCCCAAAAGUGGGAGGCUGCAGGCCUGGGCGGCUCAAUUACAACAUAUCAUGGCAAAUAGCAUGAGCUGCAUGUCCUCAAAAUAGCCCACGGGAGCCUAUAUAAUGCAAUGCCCCUGGAGAACCAUCAGUCCUGGGCCAAGGGCCUGUGGGUGAACUGCAUGUGCCCAGCACCAUCUCCUGCAUGCAGCAGCAUGGGGGUGUAGGGAGACUCCUGCAGCUGCUGCUUCCCUGCUGGCAAGGGGGACUCGCAUCCACCAGGGACACGGACACGGGCGCAGAGGGAGCGCAGCAGUGUGGUUGCCAUCACACCUCUAUAGCGAGGAGAGACGUGACAGGCAGGAGAGGAGAAAGCAGUGCUUCGAGGCCAGCAAGUGGUAGGGCUGAGCACUGAGCAACUCCGGCUGCUCCUGCAGCCCCCCAUGCCUCUGCUCGUCCUCUUCCUCUGCAGUGUCUGAAGGCUGCAAUCAGCAUGAAGGACUAUUACCCAGUCUCACUGCCCCGCUACAGUCGGUACGCCCAGAGACUGAGAGCCUCACGCACUGUGCGCUUCCCUAAUGACAUCGUCUUUCAGGACCACAUCAGGCAGGGGGACCUGGAGCAGGUGGGCAGAUUCAUACGUGCCAGGAAGGUGACGCUGGACACCAUCUACCCUUCUGGCAUGGCGGCCCUCCAUGAAGCUGUGCUUACUGGAAACCUGGACUGUGUCAAGCUCCUGGUUAAAUAUGGCGCUGACAUCCACCAGAAGGAUGAGAAUGGGUGGACGCCCCUGCACAUGGCAUGCAGCGAUGGCUACGCUGACAUUGCCAGGUACCUCCUCUCCCUCGGGGCCAGCCUGGAGGCCACCACCGAUGCUGGGGAGAAGCCCUCGGACCUCAUCGACCCCGAGUACAAGGACCUGGUGGAGCUCUUCCAAGCCACCACGAUGGACUGAGGCGGGCCGGGGGCGGCAGGGCCGGACCUAGGCUGGGCCGGGGGCGGCAGGGCCGGACCGGGGCCGGGCCUGGGCUGGGCCUGGGCCAGCGGCCGGGCGGGGGGGGCUCGCUCGGUACCGCGUCUCGGGAAUCACUUUGUAUUUUUUACAAUAAAACAUCUCGGACACCGCAUC